AUGUUUUCAGACAGUGAUACUGAAGUUGUUGUCGUUGAGAAGCCGGUCAUUCUACCGCGCGCUCGUCAACCAUCUAUCGCUAAAAGUCUAGAAAAGGCCGCUAUUCUGGAAAGUUCCGUCGCUGGUUCUGUGAAGGAGAGCGAUGCGGCUACUAUUAUCACCUUCUCCUCUUUAAUAGUCCUUCUAUUUCAGAUCGAUAAGUUUCUGCAGCAAUUUGUAAAUUUUGGUGGAAAGUUCAAGCUAGUAGUAUUCACUGACUUCACAUCUCAGUUUGCCAGGGAUACCACCUUAGGCUUUGCGCGUGCCACAGCGAUCGCGCAUGUAUCUGCUGGACCCUUCGCAAAGGAUUUGCUGUAUUUCACGAGUCCCAUCGACCCAAACUGGGAACGGCUUCUACAAGAUCUGACGCCCUCAUUCUUGAUGAUCUCUACGGAUAACGUAACAAGGGAGGCAUGCGCACAGGAAGAUUUAGAUAUUUCACCUCAAUUUGAAACCAUAGUACUCGAUGCUUUGUCACAAGCUGUACCGGUCGUAGUAUUAACAUCAGUCGUCGUUAACUUCUCUUCUGUCUCUGCAUAUUAUAUCGAACCACGCCUUUGUGUCAAGUAUAAUUGGGAAAGCUUCACAGCAGCACAUUGGGAGUGCAACAGUGCGUUGCUUAAACAGAGCAAGACUCCUACUCAAGAUGCGUCUACAAUCAAAUCAGUGGGAGAGCUUUGGGCGCAUAUCAUUGCUGCUGCCAAGAGCGGAGGCACCGCUUCAGAACAUUUUGAAUCUCUUUGUUGUGCUGUUCUUCUUUCGGCUCUUGUGACGGGUAAACGCGGGUCAUCACGUAUCUAUCUCCCAGAAAGAGAAGGUGCCAAACGUGGUUUAGACACGGUGAAAUUCUCCUUCUCGGACUUCUGGGAUGGUCGCAUGGUUAUUGGUAUCUUCGACGCCAUAUGUGCUACCGAUCCGGUUUUGCCUUAUCGUGUGCAAGAAGAUUUUGCUCGUUUACAUACAGCUGCAUCUCUUACCUUACCUAUUCCAACUGAUACAACUGAGAAGCUCCUUGAUCCUAUACCUGAGGCAGAGAAUCCUUUGUCAUCCCUUCCUCUUCUUUACACCGUCAAGUCUCCAUUACUGGACAAAUACAUCCCUGAGUUGAAAACGGCCCAUUCUGACAGAGUUAUAGAAGAUGGACGACAACAAGACUACGUUGCGCUUUUGCAAGAGAAAUUGUCGUGGAAGUUGAGGCCUAUUGAAGAGGAUUUCACAAAAACUGAAGUUAUAACUGAUGAAUGGCAGAGAAAAAGGGCAAACAGAGCACGCCAAUAUAUGAGCAGAUGGUAUGAAAUGUUUGCGAAUUCACUGGAAGGUCGAGGGUCCAAUCUUCUUGUGGAUUUCUCGAGAGUUCCGAAAGGAUUUGCUCAAGCAAUUCAGGAUGAGCCUACUGAAAAUGCGGCGAAAAAGGGUGGAAAGGCAUGGUCUGGACAAAAAGGUGGUGCAGGUGGGAAGAAGGGAGCAAAGGAGCCACCCAAGUCUAAGAAGGAUCUCAUCCUAGAAGCUAACAAAAAGGCAAAGGAUGUUAAAUUGAUAGAGAGUGAGAAAAAUAAGAUCAAAUUUGCGUCGCAGCAGGGGAAGAAGGCUGUGGUUUUCCUCGAGCGUACCUAUAGUACACUGGAACUACCAGAAUCCAAGGCACUAUGUGCCUUUGAAAUCCUAGUGAGGGUAGGGCGCGACUUGCUUGGACGACUAACGGGACCAGAAAACUUGGAAAAAAGGAGAGUCGAAGCAGUUCCUUUUGUGGGCUGGCUGAAGGAUUGCUACGUACAUCACUGGGCGCACCUAGACAGCAAACAAAAAGAGCAAGUCGUUGAACUCUGGGCAACGUUGGGCUUUGAGGUGCCACCUGGAUUGAAGACUCAACCUUCUGCAGAAGCUAAAAUGAAAAGAUUGGAUCUCGGCAUGAACAUGGUCUAUUACCAAUUAGAGUAUGGUGGUGAGCUUAUCGACAUUCAGUCGGAUCCUAGAAAAGACGAUCGCGUGACCGGUUUCUCCCCGGACGCAUGGCAAAGACGAAUGCUGGAUUCUGUGGAUCGCGGCAACUCUGCCGUCAUAGUUGCACCCACGUCAGCUGGUAAAACUUUCGUCUCAUAUUAUUGUAUUGAGAAAGUUUUACGAAAUAGUGAUGAUGAUGUCGUGGUUUAUGUUUCACCAUCUAAAGCCCUUAUCAAUCAGGUUUGUGGAUCAGUGUAUGCUCGAUUCCGAAACAAAAGCAUGACGCGAGGGAAGUCACUCUUCGGAACCUUGAACCCUGAACAUUCUCUCAAUCCGCUUGCAUGUCAGGUGUUGGUCACAGUACCCGAAUCCUUAGAAGCACUAAUGUUAUCUACUCAUCCGAAAGUGCAGGAAUUUGUUUCACACAUCAAAUAUGUAGUGUUUGAUGAAGUGCAUUCGAUCGGCGCAUCGCCUGAAGCACACAUUUGGGAGCAUCUGCUUCUUCUAAUUCAGUGUCCCUUCCUAGCCCUAUCGGCUACAAUUGGAAAUGCUGCGAAAUUGCAUGCUUGGUUAGACAGUGCCGAACAAAGCAAGACAGAUCGCAAACGAAAGGUCCGGCUUAUCGUUCACCAACGAUAUUCUGAGUUGGAGCUGUCCAUCGUGCGAGUGCCAAAGCCUCAACCCAUCGAAACCAUGAUAACUGCGUGCCAAGCUAUUCCUCAUGCUGUUCUCAUUUUUCAGGUCAUUGCAAUUUUAUCCAAACCCAUUGAUGAGCAGCUACAGCACCGAGCGGUCCCAUUCAACAAGCCAAAACUGGCCCUCGACAAUAUCGUUAGAUUGGUAGAUGAGAUGAAUGAAAGGAAUAUGCUACCGGCGAUGUGUUUCAAUGACGAUCGAAAUGUUUGCGAAUCGUUAGCGAUACGACUUGCUGAGGAACUUGAAGCGAGAGAGACGGCGUUCAUGAAUAGUGCUGAAUUCAAGACCAAGUAUGCUAUAAAGGACGAGGACAAAUAUCUUAAACUGGCAAAACGUAAGCGAGACUUGGAAGAGAAGAAGAAGGCAGCGAAGCGUAAGGGUGGUAAAGGUGAUGAUGAAGACAAAGACAAGAAAGAUGACGAAGGCCCUCCUGCGGAUGAAGAGGCCGAUCCAUUCGCGGCUCAGCGAGCGAGGCUGAAGCAAGUUCUGUCAAGGUUCCGCUUACGAGGUCGUGGUGAGGAAGAUCCGGAUGUCUAUGAAAAAAUGGUUGACAGAAUGAAAAAGGGAGCGAGAGGAAGGGAAAGCACAAGAAUUCUUCUCCGUCUCUUUGAACGAGGAAUCGGAUACCAUCACGGCGCUCUGAACAACGCCGAAAAAGGAGCUGUGGAGGUGCUCUAUCGUAGUGGUCAUUUGGCGAUAAUCUUCACCACAUCUACGCUCGCUCUUGGUGUCAACAUGCCUUGUAAGACGGUAUUGUUUGGUGUGGAUACACCAUUCCUUACACCUCUCUUGUUCCGUCAAAUGAGUGGUCGUGCUGGACGACGUGGUUUCGAUCAUUCCGGAAACGUAUGCUUCAUGAGCGUGCCUACAAGGAUCGUAGCACAACGAUUUCAACCGUUUGCUCAGCGAGCAAAGUGCUGUGCCAAGAAUUUGGCUGGAUUCGCAGCAUCUUUGGCAGAGGUGAACGCUGAGCCAGGAAAUCUCGUAUUCAUACAUUUGUUGCAGCGAGGUGCUCUUCAUUUGAUGCUCAGGCAAACUGAAGUCGAGCUUAUCGUUCACCAAGAACGAUAUUCUGAGUUGGAGCUGUCCAUCGUGCGAGUGCCAAAGCCUCAACCCAUCGAAACCAUGAUAACUGGCGAAGACGGUAUUGAAAAAGUGACGGAAGUGACACCUCCUGAACAAAUUGAAGGCAGUAUUCUUCAACAAUUCAUGCCGUACGGUCUUUUCAUGCCUGAGAAAAUACGCAUGUUUGGCAUUCCUGACGAUCAGCAACUCACUGCCAAACAAGUGUUGCAGUUGUACACAACUAUGGCGCAGGUAGAUGAGAAAACCAGGGAUGAGUUCGAGCCAUGCCGAUAUUAUGGAUAUAGAGCAGCUGAACCCUUCUGGAUAUCACGCGCUUCUCUCCGAAAGCUUGAAUCUGAUUUGAAAAAAAGACUACUCCAGUGGUUGGCCGAAGAUGAAGAGAAAAUGAGGAGGGUCAUCGCAAUUUUAUCCAAACCCAUCGAUGAGCAGCUACAGCACCGAGCGGUUCCAUUCAACAAGCCAAAACUGGCCCUCGACAAUAUCGUUAGAUUGGUAGAUGAGAUGAAUGAAAGGAAUAUGCUACCGGCGAUGUGUUUCAAUGACGAUCGAAAUGUUUGCGAAUCGUUAGCGAUACGACUUGCUGAGGAACUUGAAGCGAGAGAGACGGCGUUCAUGAAUAGUGCUGAAUUCAAGACCAAGUAUGCUAUAAAGGACGAGGACAAAGUGGAUGCAUUAAGACUUGGGCAAAAAAACGUGAAGCGAGACGUUUGGGCAAAGAGAAGAAGAAGCAGCGAAAGUGUCAACAUGCCUUGUAAGACGGUAUUGUUUGGUGUGGAUACACCAUUCCUUACACCUCUCUUGUUCCGUCAAAUGAGUGGUCGUGCUGGACGACGUGGUUUCGAUCAUUCCGGAAACGUAUGCUUCAUGAGCGUGCCUACAAGUAAGAUGCGUCGCCUUCUAACAGCGUCUCUUUCAACUCUACAAGGAAAUCCGCCAUUUUCUACCUCUUUCAUACUUCGAGCACUGUCAUAUGUUCACCACAAGGACAUUUUAACCGAGGAUCGUAGCACAACGAUUUCAACGUUUGCUCAGCGAGCAAAGUGCUGUGCCAAGAAUUUGGCUGGAUUCGCAGCAUCUUUGGCAGAGGUGAACGCUGAGCCAGGAAAUCUCGUAUUCAUACAUUUGUUGCAGCGAGGUGCUCUUCAUUUGAUGCUCAGGCAAACUGAAGAUAAGAUGAAGGCGAAGUUGAAGAUGAUUACAGUGCUAGCGAAUUUGUUCGUUCGGCAUCGUCUACCCCACUGGCUACAAAUGUCUGACAAGAACAGUUAUCCACCUGAAACGCGUAAUUUGAUAUUCCUAGCUGAUUUGCCUCACGAAAUGUUAGCACUGGUGAAUGAGUAUAACAAAGUUGCUAUCGGUCUUUAUAACAAGUUUAUGGCGGCCGCCUCUAAUGAUCGAAAACUUGUGGAUAAGAUGAAGGCGAAGUUGAAGAUGAUUACAGUGCUAGCGAAUUUGUUCGUUCGGCAUCGUCUACCCCAUUGGCUACAAAUGUCUGACAAGAACAGUUAUCCACCUGAAACGCGUAAUUGGCUUGCAUGCACCAGUUCUGCCAAGUAUCGAUUCAACAAACGUGACCAUCGUGGCAGAAAGAUUCAAUACAAUGCAUUUGCGGUCGCAUUUUAUAUGCAUGAAUCGCGACAGAAACUACACUCGAUGAACUGUAUUCAUCGUGAACGACAUCGCAUUAUACAACGAUUGGCCGAAGGACUGGAGGCUGUCGCAAGGCAACAAGAUCCCGUUGCGGAGUUGUUGCGUGAAAUUCAUACGGAGUACUACUCGAAGUUCUGUAGCGCAUUCGGAAUGAAGAGCAAAAACUGA